AAAUUGACCAAUCAGAAUGCAGAGAAUUGCGAAGCCGGGAUUCGUUCCUUAAUAUAAAUAGCGUAAGGCGCAUUCCAGAAUGAUCACAGCAAAAUUUGUACUAAUUCAGUUUGAGAUAUUUUUUAGGAUUGUGAGAAUUGUGAAGAUGUCGGCAACCGGAGAAGUUGAGAAUCCCGCCGUUGUGAUGCCGCCGGUAGAGGCUCCGAAGGUUGAGAAGCAGGCUCCGGCGACGGGGAAGCCUGUUAAGGAGAAGAAACCUAGGGCUAAGAAGGCUAAAUCUGCUAAGACUGUUACUCAUCCUCCUUAUUUUCAGAUGAUUAAGGAGGCUCUGUUGGCUCUGAAUGAAAAAGGUGGAUCGAGUCCACACGCAGUUGCAAAGUACAUGGAAGACAAACACAAGGAUGACUUACCAGCGAAUUUCAGGAAAAUGCUUGGUCUUCAGUUGAAGAAUUCUGCUGCUAAGGGAAAGCUUAUCAAAAUCAAGGCUUCAUACAAGCUAUCUGAGGCUGGUAAGAAGGGAACAACAACAAAAGCAUCUACCCAAAAGGUUCCAAAGGCUGAUUCUAAGAGGAAAACUAGAAGCACCAGGUCCGUGUCCGCUGUAGUAAAGAAAACAGAGGCGGCGAAGAAGGCAAAAGCUACGCAGAAGCCGAAGAAGGCUGGAGUUGGAGCAAAGAGGGCAAGGAAGUCUACUCCGGCGAAAGCAAAGCAGCCAAAGUCUAUCAAGUCUCCUGCUGCUAAAAGGGCAAAGAAGGUUGCAGCCUAAGUAUGAUGGUGGUGGGCUAAUAUAGAAAGUAGAUAAUAGGAGGAAGGAAUAAUGAUUUGCUAGUUGUAGUUAUGUGAAUAGGAAAAAUGAAGCCUUUUACUUUCCGUCAUGUAGUAGUGUAGGGUAGGGUCAAAAUCUCUUCUGGGGUUUUGCUACAGUUUGGCUAUGAUCGUCUUGUAUCUGUGCAAAUAGAGGUGGUGUUCUGUUAAUGAAGAACUUUAUCUUGAUAAA